CGUAGCUUGAAUCGAUGGCAGUGAGGCACAACAUGCUUUAUCCAGCAAGGUCGUGUCCGCAGUUAAUUGAUCAAGCACCCACGUGAACGACUCUCCCAUAGCCUUGCACAUGUACAUGUUCAUACAGUUUAGACAGUUCACAUCAUUCACACUAUUCGACACGUAUGGACAGAGCAUUGAGGUAUUGCGAGUAUAAAACAGGCCAUGUUGGCUGUCAGGGAUCACUCUAAGCCAUUUCGUGUGUUCCAAGCAGCUUCUACACGAUGUCCAUUGAUGAGAACAAAAAACAGUUCGAGGUAACCACGGAAGAGAGAUCUUUGGAGUUGGACCAAUCUCCAGACGGUUGUCAAACGAAGAAGGAGUCCAAGUUCCACAAGUAUGCUGGUGUGCUUACUGGUGGUGCUGCUCUCAUGUCUGAUGGGUACCAGCAAGGUGUGAUGACGAUGACAAACGUGCUGUUGGGCCAAGUUCUUGGUUCCUCCUACUCCACGAGCUACAAGACGAUGGUUUCAAAUUCGAUGCUUGUUGCCAAUAUCAUCGGCCAAGUGAUCCUCGGGUUUGUCUGCGACCGUUGGGGCCGUAAACAGGCCUUCAUAUUCACGACGCUCUUCAUCAUAGCCGGCUCCAUCGUGUGUGCAUGUGCCCAAGGUUCUUCAGUGGACAAGUUACUAUGGAUGCUUAUCAUCGGUCGUGGAAUUGCAGGCUUUGGAGUCGGUGGUGAGUAUCCAUGUGCUGGAACUUCUGCGAUGGAGACAGCUAACGAGAAGCUCGACCACAACAAGCGUAUCAUACCUUUCAUCUGUGCAACUAACCUGCCGAUCUCACUGGGUGUUCCAGUCUCCACCAUUGUCUUUUUGAUAGUUCAGGCCAUUUGGAAGGACAACUAUAACGGUACAUGGAGAACUCUUUUCGCCAUUGGUGCGUUUAUACCGUUAAGCAUCUUCUACUUCAGAUGGAGAUUGGAUCAUUCUCAGUCGUACAAGGAAAACGCAAUCAAGAAGAAAGUUCCAUACAUCUUGGUUAUGAAGAAGUAUUGGAAGCCGUUUGCCGGCACCGCAGGAAUGUGGUUCCUGAUGGACAUGAUCUUGUACCCAAAUAACAUCUUCUCGGCUUCCAUCUUACAAGUUGCCAUUCCAAAUGCCUCUGUGAAGAGAGUAGGUGAAUGGCAGCUGUUUUUAUCAUCUUUUGGUGUAUUUGGAACGAUUUUAGCCAUGGUUGCGUUCAGGUUUCUUCAUCUCACGAGAAGACAACUCAUCAUCAGUGGGUUCAUCAUGUACGGUGUAAUCAGCUUUAUCGUGGGAGGGUGCUUUGAGAAAUUCACAGAGAUUCCAGCACUUCUGAUCAUCUUCUAUGCACUCUUGUCACUGGUGCUCAACUUUGGCCCUGGUUCGUUCCAAUCAGUUGUAUCCACGGAGAGUUUUCCAACAGCCAUCAGAGGAACACUGUACGGUAUUUCUGCCGGUAUUGGUAAAGCAGGUGCAGCAAUUGGAACUGAGAUCUUUACACCAAUCCAGGUCCAUACAGGCAAGAGAAAUACCUUCUUCCUCUCUGGAGGACUGGCGUUAUUGGGAGCCGUUGUUGUGUGGUGGGGAGUCCCAGACAACGGAUAUCGUUCAUUGGACGAGUUGGACGCUGAGUUCUCAGAGUAUCUGAAAGAACAGGGAUGGGAGGGACAAGUUGGAGAGUCCAAGGAAGACCAGGAGAAGAAGUACUUCUUAUAGGCACAGAGCCAGCUUUAGAUAUCUUUAUUUUCAAUCAAUAUGUACAGAACAAACACGCCUCUAUGUUGGUAGAUGUAGGCAGAGGAGAGACACAGGAGGCCAGAGACAGGAGACCAGACACAGGAGACCAGACACAGCGAGCCAAGCUCAGUGGGCCAGGUACCAUCUGCCCUUGGCUUUUCUUCUCUCGACGAUCUUUCUCCCAGUUUUGCUUCUCAUUCUACUCAUGAACCCCAGCGUUCUCUUUCUCUUGUAAGUGUUUGGCUGGUAGUUGUUACCUCUGGACUUCCAACGACGGCCAAGCAAGGUCUGCACAAUAGAAGACACAAGAGGAGCACUAACAGGGGUAAAACUCGUAGGAGACACCACCUGCUGUGACAGCUGCUGCUGUUGUUGACGAAGUUGCAUCAUUGGUGAUACUGGACGAAUAGUCGAG